AGCUUUGUCUGAUCAAGUAUGAAUUAGAUAUCAAUUUGAAUACUGAUUUCUCUACAAGAACGACUACUGCAGAUCUAGGAUGGGUGCUAAAGGUUCGAAGGAGAGAUUAUCGAAACAUGAUAUAGAAUUCCUCAAAGUGAACACAAGAUAUGACGAGAAUACUAUAAAUGAAUGGUAUAAAGGUUUUAUGGCAGAUUGUCCAGAUGGAAAAUUGACACCAAUAUCCUUCAUGCAGAUCUACUCUAAAUGUUUCCCUACUGGGAAUGCAAAUGAGUUCUGUGAUCAUGUUUUCAGAACAUUUGACAGCGACAAGAAUGGUUUUAUCGACUUCAAGGAAUUCCUGCUUGCGAUUGAUGUGACAUCUAGCGGGAGCCCAGAAGAGAAACUUAACUGGGCGUUCAGUAUGUAUGAUGUGGAUGGAAAUGGCUGGAUAGAUCUCCCGGAAAUGACAAAAAUAGUAAAAAGUAUCUACAACAUGAUGGGGCCUCAACAGCAGAGAGCCAUGGAUACGCUAGAGAGCCCAGAGAGCAGAGCAGAAGGGAUUUUUAGAAGAAUGGACAUCAAUUCAGAUGGACGAGUAACAAGGCAGGAGUUCGUCCGUUGCUGUCUGGACGAUCAGAAACUAAUAGAACUACUCACACCUCACUCAACGGCCUGCCACAUACAAUGAGGAUGAGAAAAGCCCUAUUCGUGGUUCUAAGAGCGAGGCCAACAUGUCCCAAUACUUAUGUGGAAAUCUUCAUAUUCUAAUUUUAUGCCAUUUCUUUAAAUAAAAGUACUUGUUCGUUUCUAUUAAUUGUAUCAUUAUAUAUAUAACAAACUGAUUAUAUUACGUACUUACAAACUUGGGAAUAUUUAUGAAUUUUGACAAAUAAAUAUAAAAAUGUUU